AUGGACAUUUGUGCUGAGACGGUGGUUGAAUGUAAUGGGACAGUAAAGCUUUGUGAUAUGACAGGAGACCAUAGUGGAUUUGAUGCUUACUUCACAUCCCGGACACUUGAAAACAACAGGAGAAAUGUAUGGUUUGCUGAAUAUUGGGAAGAAAACUUCAACUGCAAGUUGACAAUUAGUGGAUCCAAAAAAGAAGACACGGAUCGCAAAUGCACAGGACAGGAGCGAAUUGGAAAAGACUCCAAUUAUGAGCAGGAAGGUAAAGUGCAGUUUGUGAUCGAUGCUGUCUAUGCCAUGGCACAUGCCCUUCAUCACAUGAAUAAGGAUCUGUGUGCUGACUACCGGGGAGUAUGCCCAGAGAUGGAGCAAGCAGGGGGCAAGAAGUUGUUGAAGUAUAUCCGCAAUGUUAACUUCAAUGGUAGUGCUGGAACCCCAGUGAUGUUUAACAAAAAUGGGGAUGCUCCAGGGCGUUAUGACAUCUUCCAAUACCAGACAACAAACACUACCAAUCCUGGUUAUCGUCUCAUUGGGCAGUGGACAGAUGAACUUCAGCUCAAUAUAGAGGACAUGCAGUGGGGCAAAGGAGUCCGUGAGAUCCCACCCUCUGUGUGCACAUUGCCAUGCAAGCCUGGGCAGAGGAAGAAGACACAGAAGGGAACCCCUUGCUGCUGGACCUGUGAGCCCUGUGAUGGAUAUCAGUAUCAGUUUGAUGAGAUGACAUGUCAGCAUUGUCCCUAUGACCAGAGGCCCAAUGAGAACAGAACUGGCUGUCAGAACAUCCCAAUCAUCAAACUGGAGUGGCACUCCCCUUGGGCUGUCAUUCCUGUCUUCCUGGCAAUGUUGGGGAUCAUUGCCACCAUCUUUGUCAUGGCAACUUUCAUCCGCUACAAUGACACACCCAUUGUCAGGGCAUCUGGGCGGGAACUCAGCUAUGUUUUAUUGACAGGCAUCUUUCUCUGCUACAUCAUCACCUUCCUAAUGAUUGCCAAACCAGAUGUGGCAGUGUGUUCUUUCCGACGUGUCUUCUUGGGCUUGGGCAUGUGUAUUAGUUAUGCAGCCCUUUUAACAAAAACCAAUCGGAUUUAUCGCAUAUUCGAGCAGGGCAAGAAAUCGGUGACAGCUCCCAGACUCAUAAGCCCAACAUCACAACUGGCAAUCACUUCCAGUUUAAUAUCGGUGCAGCUUCUAGGUGUCUUCAUUUGGUUUGGGGUUGACCCACCUAACAUCAUCAUAGACUACGAUGAACAUAAAACAAUGAACCCAGAGCAAGCCAGGGGAGUUCUCAAAUGUGAUAUCACAGACCUUCAAAUCAUUUGUUCUUUGGGAUAUAGCAUUCUUCUCAUGGUCACAUGUACUGUGUAUGCCAUCAAGACUCGGGGUGUACCAGAGAAUUUUAAUGAAGCCAAGCCCAUUGGAUUCACUAUGUACACGACGUGUAUCGUAUGGCUUGCCUUCAUCCCAAUAUUUUUUGGCACAGCGCAAUCAGCAGAAAAGCUCUACAUACAAACUACCACGCUUACAAUCUCCAUGAACCUAAGUGCGUCAGUGGCGCUGGGAAUGCUAUACAUGCCGAAAGUGUACAUCAUCAUUUUCCACCCUGAACUCAAUGUCCAGAAACGGAAGCGAAGCUUCAAGGCCGUAGUUACAGCAGCUACCAUGUCAUCAAGGCUGUCACACAAACCCAGUGACAGGCCCAACGGUGAGGCAAAGACAGAACUCUGUGAAAACGUAGACCCAAACAGCCCUGCUGCAAAAAAGAAGUAUGUCAGUUAUAAUAACCUGGUUAUCUAAUCUGUUCCAUCCCAUGGAACCACGGAGGAAGAAGACCUUCAGUUAUUCUAUCACCUAGCCUGGCAUAGGACUCUUUUGGUCCUGCCCGCUUUCUAUCUCUGGAGGAGCUUCUCCACCCGGGAGAGCAAUGUUAGAGGAUCCACACAUCCAGAACAGCUGCUUUAUGAGACAUCUUUACUUUAUCUUGGCUUAAGAAGUCAUUGGCAUCAGCACUGCCAUCUUGGCUGCAAUUCUGGACUCCCUAAACAAAGGGAGAGUUGAGACUCAAGUCCCACCCGGCUCUUUUGGAUGAACCGCUGAGAGCCUCAGGACUGUUUUUUUUGGGGCUGACAUGUCUUUCUACGUACGUACUUCCAGGCUGCAAGGUUUUGAAAUUUUCUGUACAGUUUGUGAGGACAUUUGCACUUUGCCACUCAAUGUCGUACCUCGGUUCACUGUUUGUUUUUGAAUGCCCUGUUUUCAUAGAAUUUUAUCCUCUCAGAUGGUGGAAUCUUUGAGGAAACUUUAAAGUAACUAAUUUUUAUUUAAAAAAAAAUCUCGGCAGACAUAAGAGAACACAACCCCCCAUGCACAUCUGUAAAUGACUGUAUGGUUAUGAUUAUAGUACCACGAAAGAUCAUGGUUUUGUUUAUUUUUUAAAACACACACACAAAAAGAUACUUAAAGACCAAAAACUGUGCUGAGAAGAUAUGCCCUACCUAUCUUUGGUACAUGAUAGGUGCUGUGAUGGGAAAAGAAAGCACUGGAUAAAUGGGAUAGAGGUCUUGAUCUUUGGAAUGCAUGCCGGUAAUGUAUUUUACAGUAUGUUAAUAAUUUAUGUUUAAUAUUUGUAUUUGUGUUCUCUUUUGUUAUUUUACUUAGGAUAUAUGGAUUUUUGCAAUAAUUUUAAUGAUUCUUAAGCUAUUUGAAGGAAAGAAUAUGGAUUUCUCAUGUCUUGAGGUUUUGUUCAUUACCCCCAUGACUGACCAAUGUGAUAAGGACUUUAAAAAAGAAGCAUGUAUGUUUUUUACUGUUUGUAAGAAGUACUUUCGUUAAUCUUGCUGCUUAUGUGUCAAUUUAGUGGAAAAAAAUCCCUUGCUGAAAAAAAAAUUCCCUUUCCAUUCUCUUCCAGUUCUGUGGUAUUGUCCAAGAAUGUAUCAAUAAAAUACUUUGGUUAACUUUUUUA